CUGCUCCUGGUUUGUCAAUGCAGAGCCACAGGUUUUACCACCCGCUCUGAUAUCGGCCCUGCGCGCGAUGCCAACGACCCCGUGGAUGAUCGUCAUGCUCCGCCGGGGAAGAGAACUGUGGGGGAUCAAAUGAAAAAGAAUCAGACGGCUGACGAUGAUGACGAAGAUUUGAACGACACCAAUUAUGAUGAGUUCAAUGGGUACGCUGGGAGCCUGUUCUCAAGCGGUCCCUAUGAAAAAGAUGAUGAGGAAGCAGACGCUAUUUAUGCAGCUUUGGAUAAGAGGAUGGAUGAACGCAGAAAAGAAAGAAGGGAACAACGAGAAAAAGAGGAAAUAGAAAAAUACCGUAUGGAACGACCCAAAAUUCAGCAGCAGUUCUCGGACUUGAAACGGAAGCUAGCAGAGGUCACGGAAGAAGAGUGGCUGAGUAUUCCAGAAGUUGGCGAUGCCAGGAACAAGCGCCAGAGGAAUCCUCGUUAUGAGAAGCUGACUCCUGUACCCGACAGCUUCUUUGCAAAGCAUUUACAGUCAGGGGAGAAUCACACCUCUGUGGACCCGCGCCAAACGCAAUUUGGUGGAUUGAAUACUCCCUAUCCAGGGGGCUUGAAUACUCCGUACCCGGGAGGAAUGACCCCAGGCUUAAUGACACCUGGGACAGGCGAAUUGGAUAUGAGGAAGAUUGGCCAAGCCAGGAACACGUUGAUGGAUAUGAGGCUAAGCCAGGUGUCGGACUCUGUGAGUGGCCAGACUGUAGUGGACCCGAAAGGAUAUUUGACAGACUUGAAUUCGAUGAUUCCCACACAUGGAGGAGAUAUCAAUGAUAUCAAGAAAGCCCGUUUGCUCCUGAAAUCUGUACGAGAGACCAAUCCUCAUCAUCCGCCAGCCUGGAUAGCAUCAGCCCGACUGGAGGAGGUCACUGGCAAACUCCAAGUGGCUCGAAACCUCAUCAUGAAAGGAACGGAGAUGUGCCCCAAGAGUGAAGAUGUUUGGUUAGAAGCCGCUCGGCUUCAGCCUGGGGAUACAGCCAAGGCUGUUGUGGCCCAAGCUGUCCGCCACCUUCCACAGUCUGUCCGAAUCUAUAUAAGAGCAGCAGAGCUGGAAACAGAUAUCCGUGCAAAGAAACGCGUCCUUAGGAAAGCCCUUGAGCACGUUCCAAAUUCGGUGCGUUUGUGGAAAGCAGCCGUGGAGUUAGAAGAACCAGAGGAUGCCAGGAUCAUGCUGAGUCGGGCUGUGGAGUGCUGUCCGACUAGCGUUGAACUGUGGCUUGCGCUGGCAAGGCUGGAGACAUAUGAGAAUGCUCGUAAAGUCCUUAACAAAGCCCGUGAGAAUAUUCCAACGGAUCGUCACAUCUGGAUUACUGCUGCCAAACUGGAGGAAGCCAAUGGGAACACCCAGAUGGUGGAGAAAAUCAUUGACAGAGCCAUCACGUCUCUUAGGGCUAAUGGUGUGGAAAUCAACAGAGAGCAAUGGAUACAGGAUGCUGAGGAAUGUGAUAAAGCUGGAAGUGUGGCCACAUGCCAGGCAAUCAUGCGAGCUGUGAUUGGGAUUGGGAUUGAGGAGGAAGAUCGGAAACACACCUGGAUGGAAGACGCAGACAGUUGUGUUGCUCACAAUGCUCUGGAGUGUGCCCGGGCAAUUUAUGCCUAUGCCUUGCAAGUUUUCCCGAGCAAGAAGAGCGUGUGGCUGCGAGCAGCGUACUUCGAAAAGAACCAUGGAACGAGAGAAUCCUUGGAGGCUCUUUUGCAGAGAGCUGUUGCUCACUGUCCCAAAGCAGAAGUGCUCUGGCUCAUGGGAGCCAAAUCGAAGUGGCUGGCAGGAGAUGUGCCAGCAGCCAGAAGCAUUUUGGCCCUGGCUUUCCAGGCCAACCCCAACAGCGAGGAGAUCUGGCUGGCUGCCGUGAAGCUCGAGUCAGAAAACAAUGAAUAUGAAAGAGCAAGGAGGCUGCUGGCAAAAGCUCGCAGCAGUGCCCCCACUGCAAGGGUCUUCAUGAAGUCUGUGAAGUUAGAGUGGGUGCUUGGGAACAUUGCUGCAGCCCAGGAGCUUUGUGAGGAAGCCCUGAAGCACUACGAGGACUUCCCCAAACUGUGGAUGAUGAAGGGACAAAUCGAGGAACAAAAGGAGCUGGUAGAAAAAGCACGGGAGGCUUAUAAUCAAGGGUUGAAAAAGUGCCCCCAUUCCAUACCCCUGUGGCUUUUGCUGUCCAGGCUGGAGGAAAAAGUUGGGCAGUUGACUAGAGCAAGAGCCAUCUUGGAAAAGUCUCGCCUAAAGAAUCCAAAGAAUCCAGAUCUCUGGUUAGAGUCUGUGCGAUUAGAGUACAGAGCUGGGUUAAAGAAUAUUGCAAAUACUCUGAUGGCCAAGGCGUUGCAAGAAUGCCCCAAUUCAGGAAUCCUGUGGUCAGAGGCAAUUUUCCUUGAAGCGCGACCGCAACGAAAGACCAAGAGUGUGGAUGCUCUCAAGAAGUGCGAACAUGACCCACAUGUCCUGUUGGCUGUGGCCAAGCUGUUCUGGAGCGAGCGUAAAAUAACCAAGGCCAGAGAGUGGUUUCACCGAACAGUGAAGAUCGACUCUGACCUGGGGGACGCCUGGGCUUUCUUUUACAAAUUUGAGCUCCAGCAUGGCACAGAGGAACAACAAGAAGAGGUGAGGAAGCGCUGUGAGAACGCUGAACCUCGCCACGGAGAGCUCUGGUGUGACGUCUCCAAGGACAUAGAGAAUUGGCAGAAAAAGAUCGGAGAGAUUCUCGUGCUUGUGGCAGCCAAGCUUAAAAAUACCUUCUAGAGCAUGCUGGCUUCAGCUGCGUUAGUCAUCUCUGUAGGACUUGUCUGCUUACCUGCUUUCGGUGCAUUCGCCCUUCCAGUGGCACAGAUUUCGGAGGACAGGAGAUCGGUAGCGAUAUGAAAGAUCUUUCUUCCAAAAAGAAAAGCCGCUUCCUUCUCUUCCCAGCGAUAGCGCUCUUGGCUCGCACGGCGCGGGCAUCGGCUUCUGUGGCAC